UCCAGUACUUGAUCACUAGGCAACCUGCGGCGUUCUUUUCUCCCUCACCUCUGCGUCGUUGUAUUGUCACUUUGCCAUCUAAACACGAAGUCUCUUGCGCUCAAUACUACCUGAUUCUCAAGAUGGCGAACACCGGCGCCCCUCCCAACUACUACAAGAUCCUCGGAAUCUCAGAGGCGGCCACAACCCAACAAGUUCGCGAUGCGUACAAGAAAGCAGCUUUGAAGACGCACCCCGACCGGGUCCCCGCCGACUCCCCCGAGCGAGCGACCCGCACCCGCAAGUUCCAGCUCGUCAACGACGCAUACUACACACUCUCCGACACCCAGAGACGGCGCGAGUAUGACGCCCAGCGAAACAUUUUUGGCGCGUCGGCCGGCGCGACGUACGGCGACUUUGCCGACGACGACGACCCCGCCGAGGAGGUGCCCCCGCAAGCCGGGGCCGGGGCCGGUCCCGGCAACGCCCAGAACGCCUACUCCUGGGCAUGGAACUUCUUCACGGGGGGCAAGCAGGACCAGAACCAGGAGAAGCGCGAGAAGGCGGACAGCCAGCAGUUCGGCGACGUGUUCGAGGAGAUGCUGCGCGAGGAGGGCAUGGCCGAGGAGGGCACGAACCGGCCGACGGGUUCCUUCUGGAGCAUGAUGGGCGGCCUGAGCGGCGGUGCGCUGGGGUUUAUUGUCGGCAACAUGCCCGGCGCGUUCGCGGGAGCUGUCGCCGGGAACAGGCUCGGCGCCGUCCGGGACGCCAAGGGCAAGAGUGUCUACGCCGUGUUCCAGGAGCUUCCUCAGCCGGACCGUGCGAGGUUGCUCACCCAGCUGGCUGCCAAGAUUUUCAGCCAUACCGUCGGAGCUUAAGGAUGCUUGGUCAUGUCAGUCGGGUUUUUAGGGUUAUACCGCUUGGGCAGCUCGGAGUUUGGGUCGGAAUGGGACAGGUAGAUAGCUCAACGUAAUCAUCGGACACCUCAGUACUUUGGUAUCAAUAAAACUAGAUAGCCUG